AAACUGAAAACAUUUAUUGUCAUCUGUCAUUAUUUUGUAGGAGAAACUCAAGAUGGCCUCAAAACGGACAAAAAGAAAACGUGAUGCUAAACAUCUAAAGAGUGAUUUAACAUCUGAGGAGAAGAAGAAGAAGGAGGAGAAGGAGAAGUGUUAUGACCCUGAAGACUCAACACUUAAAUUUGUCGAUCGGGAGGAUGAAAUGGAUUUUUUGUACAUUGGUUACAAGUCUCGCAGAGCGCUGAUGUCAUGUGGUCAUGCUGUCACUCCGAUGUCUCUCACCGACUGGUGUCGCCACUUGUUGGAUCAGGGUGAGACCAGAUUUAAAUGUGGUCAAACUGACUGUGAUGUUGGAUGGUCCCUCAAGGAGGUUUGUGAAAUGGCUCUUCUGACCCCUGAAGAAAUGAAGGAGUUUGGAAAGAAAAUGUUCAACAAUUCUCAGGAUGUCAAAUCAUGUCCUGGCUGCAAGUCUCGUGUGAUGAGAGCUGACCAGAAUGAUCUGAGUGUCCUCUGCUCAGUUUGCACAGCUGACAAAAAGAAGGACUACAGAUUCUGCUGUCAGUGCUCGAGGGAAUGGAAAGGUCCAUUUCCCCGUUCAGAUCGUUGUAAAAAUGAUGGCUGCAUCAAUCUGCUAGUUGAAACACUGAGAAAGUGUCCAGAGAUCAUCUUUAAGGAUGUGAAGGAUGUCACUGGUUGUCCCUCCAUUCGUGCCUGUCCCACCUGUGGCCAACUGGUGGAGCACAACACAAAACUGUGUAAAAGCAUCAUCUGUCGCCGAUGUAAAGUGAAGUUCUGUUUUGUGUGUCUGAAUCUCUUUAAAGAGUGUGAGAAGACACCUUACAAGCCUUGCCUCAGUGGUGUCGCCCCCAGACAAACCUCUAUACCUGUGUGGAAGUUAAGAUAAUCUUUUCAAGACCAGAGUGUGUUUGCUUUAGAUUCAGUUGAUGUUUUUAUACAAAAUUAUUUUUGUAUUUUCACUUUUUUCUGUCUUUGUAAUAACAAUCAUUAUUACUGUUGUUGAUCCUGAAUGAUAACAUAACAAAUGUAACAUGAAUGAAGCAUUUUCAGAUUGUAAAUUAGCAAAAAGAAAGAAAAAAAAGUUAAUAUCUCUCUGUCACAUUUUAAAAAUAAUCUUUUUUCUUAGUUUGAUUUUUCAUCACCACAGAGAUAAUCAAAGCAACAGACUGUAAGAUUUAUAGAAGAUUUUCUCUCUGAACUGUUUAGUUUAAUUACAAUCUAACACCUUGACUUUCCAUAAUUAUACAGUAUCAUUUAUACACUAAUUUGUAUUAAUAUCUUUAAAUCCUCACAGCUUCCUCUUCAUUUGCUUUAUAAUAUUUUACUAAGUCAUAAUAU